AUGCACCACCUCCAGGUCAUCUCCAGCCACUUAGGUUUCUCCUCCACUUCCCAUGCCCACUGCUGCCCUUUGUCCCUGAUGAAGCAGCUGGCUCAGGAUGUGCCACUGAUGUCACUUCCCUCCCCAGAGUCAUCAUUCCCUCUUGACAUCACUGCUGUGAAGAAGGACCACAGCUUCCUGGACCAGGAUUCCCUCAAAUCCCUGUGCAGGAGGCUGAUGACCCUGAACAUUUGCUUCUCCGUGAAGCUGGAUGUUCACUUUCAGCAUAAACAGAAUGAAGACUCUGAGGAGAAAGACCUGUGUGCCAUCAGCAACCAGUGGGCCUUCCAGAGGGACAGCAAAAGGUGGUCAUGGGUGGGGUCCGCCAAUAUCCUGUCCCAGGACUCAGAGGCCCUGAGCUGCACUAUGUAUCCGGUGUCCAGCUGCAAGAGCAUCCUCAUGGACCUCAGCACCAACCUCGAGGCCACGUCCCUGCACAGAACAGGCAGUGUGGGCAGCAUAGGUGGCAUGGGUGGCACACUGGGCACUGCGGUCAUGCCAUCUGAGCCCCCAUCCCCCCUCUAUGCCAUCGCAAACGCCUCCAGCUGCAGCCAGAGCGAGGGUUCUGCACCAGAGCAGCCCCCGAGUCAGGGAGAGGACUCUAAGGAGAAGCUGAAGAAACGACAGUCUCGCAGCUUUCUGAAGUGGAACGAGUCCUUGCGGAGGAAGGACAAGGAGAAACCCAGCCCAGACAGUAGGGUGGCUCCACACAGCAGCACCACUCUCCCACCAGGAGGCACCAGGACCAACUCCUCUAAAAGGAGGAUACCUGCCUCUUUCCACAGUAAAAAACACUUCUUAGUAUCAUACAGGACUAACCGCCUGCUUGGCCCCAGGGGCACCAAGGGGAGUUCUGACCCCGAAUGCAGUGGAGUCUACCUGGAGGACUAUGACACAGCCACUGCCACUGUCGAUGCCUGGGCUGCUGCCGAGUGCCAGCGCCAGGCUCACCAUGGUGAUUGCCUGGUCUAUAUCCCCUGUGACUACAAGCCUGGCACCUUCCCCAAAUCCCUCUCCAUUGAGAGCUUGUGUCCCCUGGUCGGCAGCUCCCUGACCCACUGGAACGCAGGGAGCACAGCUGUGGGGCUGGGCUGGGGCAGCAACAGCAGCAGCAUGGAGGGCUCGUCCUCCCGGGGCUUUGCCUGCUGGCGCCGGGGCUCCUGCAGCUCCCUGGGCAGCCACGUCAGCGUCUACGACAACGUGCCGAAGUUCGGCAGCAGCGAGGAUUUCUGCAAGGACAGGGAGGUCAUCCAUGAGAACCUCGAUGACAUCCUGCAGCACGUGUGGGGACUGCAGCAGAAGGUGGAGCUCUGGUGUAAAGCCGUCUCCCCUGGCCUGGAUCAGGAGGAAGAGGGCGAGGAAGAGGAGGAGGACUCAGGAGGGGAACCCUCCAACCUGCAUUUCGAAGAACAGUCCAUGUCGGAUGUUGGCACCUCUGCCAGUGACUUUGACAGCACUGGGAACUCCCUCAAUGAGGCUGAAGAGAUGGAGACACGGGAGCACUGGGAUUCGGGGGUGGGAGCAUCACUCACAAGACCCUGCAGAAAGCUGCGUUGGCACAGCUUCCAGAACUCACACCGGCCCAGCCUGAACUCGGCCUCACUGGAGAACAACCACCAGUCAUCGGCCCAGCUCAAUAUGCUCCAAAAGUGCUUGCUGCCCUGGCUCACAGCCAUCAUGGAAAAGUACUCCAUGGCAAGUGGUCCUGCUUUCUCUGUGAGGGGGACUGUCCUCAAGUUCAUGAAGCGGAGUAAAGUCCCUGACUACAGGGACAAGAUGGUUUUUGGGGUGCCGCCCAUGGUAAAUGUGCAGCGGACAGGUCAGCCCCUGCCCCAGAGCAUCCAGCAGGCCAUGCGCUACUUGCGCAGCCAGUGCCUGGACCAGGUUGGCAUUUUCUGCAAGUCCGGGGUGAAGUCCCGGAUCCAGGCACUCCGGCACAUGAACGAGACCAGCCCCGACAACGUAAACUACUUGGGGCAGUCAGCGUACGAUGUUGCCGACCUGCUGAAGCAAUACUUCCGCGACCUGCCCGAGCCCAUCUUCACCAAGACUGACACCUUCCUGCAGAUCUACCAGUUCGUGUCCAAGGAGCAGAGGCUGCAGGCAGUGCAGGCCGCAAUCAUCCUCAUGCCAGACGAGAACCGGGAGGUGCUGCAGACCCUGCUCUACUUCCUGAGUGACAUCGUCUCAGCUGAGGAGAACCAGAUGACGGCUGGGAACCUGGCUGUGUGCCUGGCCCCCUCCAUCUUCCACCUCAAUGUGUCCAAGAAGGAAAACACAUCGCCCAGGGCCAUACACAAGAGGGGCACCAUGGGGAAGCUGGACCAGAAGGACCUCAAUGAGAACAUGGCUGCGACACAGGGGCUCUCCCACAUGAUCACCGACUGCAAGAAGCUCUUCCAGGUCUACCCUGACAUCUUGCUGCAGCUGAGCAGCUCCUAUAUGGCUGCAGACACUUAUCCCCAUCCCCUGGCUGACUUGGUGUGCCAAGGGGAGAGCAAGGAUUUACACUCCUACUUUGAGCAGAGUGUCCAGAACCUGCUCAAAGAGUCGUCAGAGAAAUUCAAGGGGUGGCUGAGCACGCCAGGGCCCCUGAACACAGAGCUGUCCUGCAAAAAGGUUGGGGAUGGGCACCCUCUGCGCCUGUGGAAGGUCUCCACGGAUGUUGAGGCCCCUCCUGCCAUGAUGCGGCACCGAGUGCUGCGGGAGCGUCACCUGUGGGAUGAGGACCUGCUGCAGAGCCGGGUGGUGGAGGCGCUGGACAAGGACAUGGAGGUGUACCACUACGUGACGGACAGCAUGGCUCCGCACCCGCACAGGGACUACAUGGUGCUCCGGCGCUGGUGCAGGGACCUGCCACGGGGAGCCUGCCUGCUCAGCUCCCUCUCGGUGGAGCAUGACAAGGUGCCGGCGGAGGGAGGUGUCAAGGCCAUUGUGCUGAUGUCCCAGUACCUCAUUGUGCCCAGAACCAUGGGCUGCUCCCGAGUGACCCACAUCUGCAGGGCUGACCUCAGGGGCCAGUCUCCUGAGUGGUAUAACAGGGUCUUUGGCCACCUCUGUGCCAUGGAGCUGGUGAGGAUCCGAGACUCUUUCCCAGCCCUGAGUCCCAAUGGCCCCGGAAGAUGCUCUGUCCUUUCAGACAUGGACUUGCCAGUAGAUCCAGACUGGGGCUCUCAGCAGGAAGCACG